AUGCAGACUCAGUCGUCGUUUUAGUUCAGCGAUGGGAGGCGAAGAAAUAUUCUUAUUCGUUGAAAAAGUAUCAAAAAAAAAAUAUUAAAGUGAAAUUCUAUGAGUUGGAUGAGGAUGAUUGUGAAGUAUGGAAUGCUUUUGGAUCGUUCAGUGAAUUUGAUGUUCAUCACCAGUAUGCAAUUGCACUUAAAACGCCACCAUAUAAAGAUCAGAACAUUCAAGAAGACAGAAAAUGUUAUAUUCAGUUACUGAGACCUACUGAUAAUAGUGUUAGUGAACCACUAGAUUUUUUGUAUAAACCAUCAGCUCGUAUAUUGGGUUCUGAUCGCAAAAGAGUACGCAUGGAUUCAAACUUCAAUAGCGAUGAAUUUUUGAGUACUUUGCCAACAGUGUUAACCAGUAUGAAUUUAUCGACACCAGAAUUCAUCAGUAAUGAAUACAGCUCAUUGACACUUUGCGAGAGUGAUAUGAAAGAUGCUAUGAACUCUGAUGAAUUUAAAAACUUUCUUGAGAUGGUUCAUAAUGAUAUAAGCAACACAAGAAGUUUGGACUCCCAGGGGGAAUCCGAAUCAGAAAGUUCGUUGACCACAGAUUGUAUGGGGCGCAGCAAACCAACUGUUUCUACCUCUGAAGUUAGAAUAGUACAUGCUCAGAUGGCUGAUAUGGUACAAUUAUCCAAUCAAAACGUUUAUAUUGAACAACAAAGUUCUGAUAAGGUUGAAAUUCUUGAACCAAAUACACAAAAGGGAAAAAAAAUUGUGAAAUUGCGAGGUGGACGCCCUUCACCAUCAAAUGCUGAUAUUGAAUCAAAGAAGUUUGAAGACACUUCAAAGAAAUCUGGUAAUGAAAAACCAGUACUAAAUAGGAAGGACAAGUCAGUAGAAUCUCAAAGAGAAUUUUUCAGAAGUCUUAAUAAUUUACGUGGAGGCUGGUUGCCACCAAAUGAUGAUGAUUCUGGAUCUAAAACAGGCAAGGAAGGGAAAUUCUUGGAUUAUCUCAAAUUAAAGAAAGUCAAUGAUAAUGAUAAUGCAGAUAUUGAACGUUCUAUAAAUAUAGCAAAGGAAAGAUCUACUAAAUUGCAAACAUUCAUUGAUUUUGAAAUUAAACAUCAGCUAAUAAUGCUUUUGAAGAAUGUAAAGGAUCCUACAGCUGCCAAUGACUCAAAAACUAAGAGAGAUAAUGAAUCUGCUGUUACAAAAUUAUUCAUGACCGGAGAAAAUGGGAAUACGGUUUUGCAUGGAGCUGUGGACCUGGAUGAGAUGAGCAUAGCACGAGAUAUGUUAGAUUUGCUUGUUCACUGUAAUUUAAGUGAAUUGCUUAAUGUUAAGAAUCAUUUUGGAAAAUCUAUACUUCAUGCGGCCAUCGAGAAAAAACAUUAUACAUACAUCAAACCUCUUCUUGCAGCAGGAAUAAAUCCUAAUAUUACUGAUGAUGAUGGGAACACUCCAUUACAUACAGCAGUGCGAGAAAAGUGUUUGAAUGCAGUAACUCAUUUGUUAAAUUCAAAGUCCAAACAUAAAGUUGAAAUUGAUGUUGAAAAUAAUGAUGGUAAAACAGCUCUUCAUCUAGCUGUGGCUGGAGGAAACUGCCAGAUUGUUGCAAAGCUGUUGGCCAAAAAUGCAGAUGUAAACCAUGGCGAUGCGCUCAAUGACAAUACUGCAUUACACAUUGCAGUCGAAAAUAAUCAUCCUGAUGUUGUGAAAAUUUUAUUGGAUGUUCCAAAUAUUUCAGUUGAUGAAUACAAUCGGCAAGGACAUACGCCCCUGCAUUUAGCUUGUGUUAUAAAUAGUGGAAAAGGAUCUGAAAUCAUUGUUCACAAGCUUCUUGAGGCUCAGGCUGAUCCUUUAAUGCCGAUGGAUUCGGUGAAACACGAACCAAAAAGUGAUGACGAAGAUUCUGAUCAGGAAGAUCGAUUGGAGAUUGGCAAUGCUUUUGAACUAGCUACAUCAAAUCCUCAAAUUCUAGAGUUUUAUUAA